CACAGAGGAUCUAUUGAUGUUAAGUGGGCAGUGAUCUCUCCGUGCUCUCCUGAAGUCAACAAUCAUCUCUUUUGUUUUGUCCACAUUCAGAGACAGGUUGUCAGCUCUACAUCAGUCUGGUAGCUGUUGCACCCCCUCUAUGUAUGCUGACUCAGCGUUCUAUAGUAGGAUUUUGAAAUUCAUACCAUAGGUGAGUUAAAUACGUCUCUGAGAUGAGUUUGAAUCCCUGUGAUCUUGACCUCAAGUACAGAGUCAACUUUUCUGAGAUCACCUGGGAUUUUCACAUUUACCAGAAGUGCAGCUGCUGAGAGGCUGAGGGGUAGCCGCCAAAAUGUUUUAGAAGAUGAAAAAGUUCAUGAGAGACAAAAUUCAGCUCUGUUAAUUUUUUUAUACUCUUAUUUAAAACAUAUACAUGUGUGUGAAAAGGUUCUUCCUCAAAUCAAAUUUUAUCGUUACAGGGAGAAAAUGAUCUGCAGGAUCCUGCUGCUCAUCAUCCUCACCUCAUGUGUCUCUGGAUCAUUUGUAGUCAAUGUGACACAGACCUCCUAUCAGGCAGAGGAGAACCACAACAUCACACUGGAGUGGACGUUCACCACCAAACCUGACAGAUCCACAAAAACUCUCAACAUCCUCUGUGAACUGAUAACUGAUAAAGUCUCAGUCCUGUAUCAGGUUCAUGAAGGUGUUGAGGUGUCAGAGUCUCAGGAUGAAAAGUUUUCAGGACGAGUCCAGAGUGACAAAGACGCCCUCAGAGAAGGACGAAUCAGACUUCAACUGUCCAGACUCAGGACUGAUGACUCGGGUCUGUACCUGUGUGAGGUGAACACUGAUUAUGGUUUCAGCUCUGGCGACUGUCAACUCAAUGUCACUGCUGUUUCCGGCAUCAGCUGGGGUCCUGUAAGGGUGAGCGCCGUAGUCAAGGUAACCAGGAGGGUCCACCUUCUCAUGGCUGGCACAGGUCCGUCACACCCUAAUGCUUGGUUACCUUAG